AAAAAAAGAAUAAAAAUGAAAUAGCUGCAUGGAUUUUAAAGAAAAAUGUCUGAAAGCUGAGAAACUAACAGCAGAUAUAAAUAAUUUAUUGGGGCUAUUGGAAGCAGGGUUUGCCUGCGAAUGGGAGGAAAUGAGGAAAGAUGUGCGCUAGUGUUCCUCUGUGCACCAAUAGUGCAGCAGUUAUUUGUUAUUUUAAGUCUUUGUCAUCAUGAACUGAUAUAAUCUAACUGUGCUCCUUUAAACAAGCUCAACAUUCGAUUAUAAGGCAAUACUUGGAAUUCUGCAUGGGUUCUAAAGUUGUUGAGAAGUGUUGACUUCUAAAGUCUCAGCUCACUGAACCCCUUCACACCCAUUGUUGCAAAGAUGCAACAAACCUUCUGUAUUACGUAGACAGCCAAGGUAGCUUGGUCAUUCCCCCAGUGUCAAAUAUUUCACAUUCAGCUUGGACCCAAGAACAAACUCUAGUUUCUGUUACAACUUGUUCCUUUAAGUGUCUAUUAUAAUUGACCAUUAUAGAUGUUGCCACAAAUGUUUUAUUUCCCUACAUUUCUAUUGUUUUUUUUGUUUUUUUUAUAAAUUGAAAGGUUAAACAUUUCAAUUAGGAAACUAGUUUAAAGGGAACAUUGAUUUUUAUACAUGUUUAUAUAUAUGUGCACAUAAAUUUGGACAUCAAAUGGUUAAUAUGUUGCUUCUUUUUGUCCUUUCUGCUCAAAAUGAACCGAGUAAAAAACUUCUGUUCACUCCAUCAGCUUGAAACUAACAUCAUCUUGCUGAAAGAUUUUAAAUGCAAACAAAACUUCUGAUUUUCGUAACUUUGCCAGUUUUUUCAUCAUUUGUUGUUGAAUUUUUCCCUUUAACUGUGCAACUAUGAUUGUGUUUCUCUUGUUAAUCAAAAACAUAGACUUUAUCCUAUAAAAUAAGGUUUAAAUGAAAAAACAAAAAACAAACAUAAGACGUUUUUAAUUCUUCUGCGGGAAUGAAAUGACUGACUAUCAAACCUCCGAUCAGCAGAGGGCUGCUGGAUCUGGUUCUGCUGAAGGUUUCUUCCAGGUUAAAGGUUUGUUUUCUCUCCACUGUGGAUACAUUGUCAUGUAGGACGAGUAAAUCCUGCAGAAUGAACGACUGGAUGCUAUCAGUCGGGUUUUUCUUUGAAAAAUUAAAUGUCUUAUUAAUUUGGCCUGAACCAAAUAUUUAUUUCUUGUUUUUUGAAUAACAAUCUUUCAGAUCUUCUUCACAGUUCAGAGUGACCUGCCCCCUCCCUGCAGUACUGAUGGCAGUGGCAGCUGGCCAAUAGAGGACGCUAAAGCGCCGGGUCACUCACCCAAUGACCUUAAUUAGGACAUUAAAAAAAACAACUAAAUAUUCAAAUUGCCCAUAGACUUUGGUUAAAAGUUGUCCAUGCAAAGCCGCUCCUCUUCAAUGCUAAGAUAGGAGCAUCCUGGGGAGCAGCUCUCUGCAGCCAGAGCUGAAAGCAAAUUUAUUUGCUCACCACCUCCCACCACAGCGCUGAUGUCACAGUCACCUGUUAGAAAGUGAGGCAGAUUAACAGGUUUAUAGGAUUAUUUAGCUACCAGGCUUUUCUAACUGCAUGAAGCGAGGCUAACGCUUUAUUCUGCUUUUCUUGGCUCCUUUUUCAAAAUGUCAGGAUCUGAUCCAGCAUGGGUUAAGGCAGCUAGGACUGAUUUAAAGCACUUUUCAGAACAUUUUAGAAUGUUGUUUAAAUAUACUGGUGUGAAACCUUAGUAUACAUUGUUUGGUUUUUGGUUCUUGUCUUUUUCGAAGUUAUAGGAGAAAAGUCCAACAGCCGCCACUGCCUGAAAUUACAUUUCAUAGCUGUAAAGUAGUAGAAAGCAAAGUUUAAAACCCUUUGGUGCAUAGCGGUCACUACAGUGGACAGAUAUUUAGAUGUCAUUGUUUCCUAAAUGCAGUGGUUUGUGUGGUGGUAUUGCAUAUCAGUCCUUAGAAUGCUCUCUACUGCUCCCCUCCACUGAGGUUAAUUCAGUGGCAAGUUGUUGUAACUACAAGUUAAUGACAUCGGAGUCCAAGAUGGCCGGCAGACAGACACACUCAAUGACCUCUCCUGGAAUAUUCUCUCAAUCUUUCUAUUCUCUGAGAAUCCUAGAGAUAAAAAAAUAUGCUGACAUGCAGGAGCAUCUAGGUAACAGUAUUAUUAACUUAGUUUGGAAAAUUUUAUUUCACGCAAGUAGAAAAUUGCGAUUAACCAUGUGUCCAACACAGUGGACCUCAUGCAUUGCUGACUAUAUUUUUAACAUGAGUCAUGUAGUUGAUUUAUCUUUCAUUAUAACUGUUUUGCUUCCAAUUAAAUUCAUUUUGAGUAUAACUAUGUUAGUUUUAAAAAUAAACCUUGGCAUCUAUGGCACAGAUACAUGCAGAAAAAACAGAUUGAAAGGAGUAAGUCAGAAACCUAAGAGUGAAAAACUGAAAAAAGAAGGCAGAGGAGCCUGCUCUGUUGUCAGCACAAACAGUAACAUCACUGUGACACGUUGGCUUGACAGCUCAGUCAUCCACAUGGCAUCGACCUGUUCGGGUCAGUCCCCUGAAGACACGGCCCAAAGAUGGCUGAAGAAAGAACAAGCCAAGAUCAGUGUCCAAAGACCCUACUCGGUGGCCCUUUAUAACCAACACAUGGGUGGGGUGGAUCUCGUUGACCAGUGUGUGGCAAUGUAUCCCCACAGACGUAGAAACAAGCGGUGGUACAUCAGAGUGUUCUUUCAUUUUUUGGAUGUGACUGUUGUAAAUGCCUGGCGACUCUACCUGAUGUCUGGCUUGGAAAAGAUGAAUCUCCUCAUCUUCAAAUUUUCUGUGGCCCGUGUACUGAUCAAUUCUGGCUCUGGUCAGCAAAAAGGAAAAGGAAGACCCAGUGGAACCCCACCUCCAGCAAAGUGCAGAGCAGUGACCAAAUUACCCAGGGAAAUCAGGUUCAGCGCAGGAAAUCACUGGCCCGAGCUCACCCAAGUCAAAAAUUCAAACAGAUGCCACGAUGCUGCAUGCACAAGGAAGACCAAAUACAUUUUCAUGUAGCCUAGGAGUUAGGAAAAUGAGGUAGGAGUGAAGUUAGAAGAGGAGUUGUUUGAUGAAGAUUGUUCUCUUGGUUUGGAUUAACAGAGGGGCUAUAGAAUGUUAGAGUAUGAAAGCAAGUUCAAGUGCUUUUCAAAGCCCACAAUGAAAUAUGUGGUCAUGGAUUUAUGAUCAAACUCAGAUUAAAUUAUUCUUCAGUUAAGUUUAUACUGUUCUAUGUUGAGUGCUGAAGCGCAUGUAGUCCACUGUAGUGGACAUUUCUGUAACUUCCUGGAAUAAUAACAUUUUUGAAAAAAAAGUUUAUAUUUGUUUUUUUCAUGCCCUGAAAAGAGUAAAAACACAUUUAAAAAAAAUCUUGUCUCAGGGAUUCAUAAUUCAUGCA